CCGUCCACCGCCGGAUCCAGCAGCUCGUCCACCGCCGGAUCCAGCAGCUCGUCCACCGCCGGAUCCAGCAGGUCCUCCACUGCUCUUGUCGAGGCACUCGACAGCUCGGCCCGGCUCGUCGGAUCCAGCAGCUCGUCCACCGCCGGAUCCAGCAGCUCGUCCACCGUCGGAUCCAGCAGCUCGUCCACCGCCGGAUCCAGCAGCUCCUCCACUGCUCUUGUCAAGGCACUCGACAGCUCGGCCCGGCUCGUCGACCGGCACCUGCAAGAUGACCGCCGUUUCCCGGACUUGUCGGAGCUCCUCGGUGUCGCCUGUCAUAAUAUACCUUCCCUCUCCGGAAUGUCCGAGAUGGACUAUCCCCUUCAAGGACCGGGUUUACUCAGCGUGCCUAACCUGCCAGAGCUCAGCGCAGUGCGCCGAGUCCCGGUGCCGCCGGAGCUGGUAGAGCAAUACAGCCAUAUGCAGUUCAACUGCAUGAUGGGAGUUUUUCCCGAGAUUACUCGAGCAUGGCUCACGAUCGACAACGACAUCUUCAUGUGGAAUUACGAGGACGGGGGAGACGUGGCCUAUUUCGACGGUCUCAUCAAAACCAUUCUGGCAGUGGGGCUGGUGAAACCAAAACAAGGGAUUUUACAGCCUCACAUCCAUUACCUGCUUGUGUUGGCCACGCCCGUGGAUGUAGUCAUCCUGGGAGUGAGCUUCCCAAGGGUCCAAGGAGGGCUGAACGACAGCAUGUCAGGCAGCAUCCAGAUACUUCCGGACCACCUUUUCUCCAUCCCCACCUACAACACCUACAUUCUCACUGUGACAUCCACCGACCUGGGUCGCAUCUUCGUGGGGGGAAAGGACGGCUGCCUGUACGAAAUCGCCUACCAGGCGGAGGCGGGUUGGCUGAGUCAGCGCUGCCGCAAGAUCAACCACUCCAAGAGCUCCCUGUCCUUCCUCGUCCCUUCUGUGCUCCAGUUGUCUUUCUCUGAGGAUGACCCAAUUGUGCAGAUUGCUGUGGACAACUCCCGCAACACACUUUUUACACGCUCUGAGAAAGGAGCCCUACAGGUGUAUGACCUGGGCGUCGACGGACGAUCCAUGCGUCGCGUGGCCACCAUGUCUCAAAACGGCAUUGUCACAGCCGCCGGAAACAUUGCCAGGACCAUGGAUCGUUCUGUCUUCAAGCCCAUCGUCCAGAUCUCUGUGAUAAGCAGAUCAGAGUCAUCCGAUGUUCACCUGCUUGCUGUGACGCAUGCAGGUGUGCGUCUCUACUUCUGCACUACACCUUUUGCGCCACCGCGGCAAAGACACACGCCGGUCCGACCUUCAUUGCUCUCUCUCGUUCACGUUCGCCUACCGCUGGGCUUCUCCGCGUCGUCCACGGUGCAGAAACCCGCCAAAGUCCAUAAGGUGCUGCACAGUAAAGGUAUUUUGCUGAUGGCGGCUUCUGAGACGGAGGACAACGACAUUCUGUGGUGCAUCAACCAUGACUCUUUCUCCUUCAAGAAGCCCUUGAUGGAGACUCAGAUGAUGUCGAAUAUCGACGGACACACAUGGGCUAUAAGCGCCAUCAAUGAGGAGAAGCCAAGCAGGAUUUGCACUCCCCUGAACAAGGAAAUGAUCCCCGUCACUGACUCGCCCGUGGUGGUCCUGCAGCACAACACCCCCCCGCAGAAAUUUGUCCUCCUUUCAGCAAAGGGAAGUCACAUUUUCCGAAAGCUUCGUCCCGUGGACCAGCUCCGUCACCUUCUGGUGAGCUGCGCCGGAGGAGAGAGCGAGGAGAUCCAACGCUUCUUCAAGCUGCACCGGGAGGAGCAGGCCUGCGCUACAGCCUUGAUCCUGGCUUGCUCCAACAAAGCUUGUGACCGAGAACUCUCGCAGUGGGCCACCAGAGCCUUCCUCAGAUAUGGAGGAGAGGCACAGAUGAGGUUUCCCGCUGCUAUGUCACCACCCAGCAAUGUUGGACCCAUGAUGAGCUCUCCAGUACCGGGCAUUUUUCCCCCACCUCUGGCCACGCCCUAUGCGCCAAUGCACACGGGGUCCGCCCCCAUCACUCCGAUGUCAGGCGGCCCAGAGGUGAUUUUCUCCGGGAAGCACAAUGGCAUCUGUGUCUACUUUGCUCGCGUUCUCGGAAACAUUUGGGAUGGGAGCCUAGCAGUGGAGAAAGCAGUCAGUAAAGGAAAUCAGACUGUCAGUAUUUUGGAAAGCAGCGUUACGUCUUUUGAUCUGGAGUCGGUCCUGUUGGAGCUCUAUAGGCUGAAGGAGUUUCUGGAUAAAAAUUCUCUGUUCAGUCCCUCCUCUCUCGGUGGUGCAAGUUUCAGUUCCCCUGGUAACUUGCAGCAAGGGCUGCUGGGAUUUAUGCAGCCGGAUGGCGCCAGCUCUCAGCAGGUCCAACAAGAGCUUCAGAGGAAGUACCACACCAAGGCUCAGGUCUACGAGAAAGUGUCCCUGCAGAGCAUCCAGGCGUUAGUCCAUCGCUCCUAUCAGACUCUGGCCCUCUGGAAGCUUCUAUGCGAUCAUCAGUUCAGCCUCAAGGAUUUUCAGGAGCAGAUGAAGGCAGCAAGUUUCAAGGAUAUGGUGAUCCGGGGGGAGGAGCUCACAGGAGCCCUGGUCACGGCGCUCAUUAACGUCUACAUCAAAGAUAACGCCUCUGUGGACGCCAUCAGUAAUCACCUGCGGGACGUGUGCCCGCUCCUCUACACCACAGAGGACAGCGUCUGCUCAAAGGCCAACGAGUUGCUGCAGAAGUCCAAGCAAAUCCAGAACAAAGUCGAUAAGGAGAAAAUGCUGAGGGAAUCACUGCGUCUCUACCAAAAAAUCUGCCAGAACACUGACCUCCCAGUGGUUUGCUCCCAGUACAGGCAAGUACGUUUUUACGAGGGCGCCCUCGAGCUGUGCCUCACGGCGGCUGACAAAAAGGACCCCCAGAGGCUGGGGCCCCAUUUUUACAAAAAUGGAGAGCCAGAGGAGGACCAGACGGGACAGCUGGCCUUCCAGGAAAGGCUAUUAUGUUAUAAAUGCAUCACGGACACCAUGCAGGAGCUGGUGAACCAAAGCAAAGCGGCUCCUCAGUCCCCCAGCGUCCCAAAACAGCCGGGCCCUCCUGUCCUCACAUCGGAUCCUAACAUGCUAAGUAACGAGGAAGCUACGGCCCACUUUGAGCAGAUCUUAGGUCUGGCUCAGAGGUCCCAAGAUGAGCUAUUUCACAUCGCCCUGUACAACUGGCUCAUCCAGGCUGAUUUGGCGGACAAGCUGCUCGAGGUGAAUUCGCCGUACCUGGAAGAGCAUCUCAUGCAUAUAAUCAAACAAGAUCAGAGCAAAGUGCACAACAUGGACCUGCUGUGGCGCUACUACCAGAAGAACCGCAACUAUGGCAAGGCCGCCCACGUGCUGGCCCGCCUCGCCGACAUGCACAGCUCUGAGAUCUCCCUCAAGCAGCGUCUGGAGUACUUGGCCCGAGCCAUCCUGUCCGCUAAGAGCUCCUCUUGCAUCUCCGCUCAAGCGGCAGACGGCGAGUUCCUCCAUGAGCUGGAGGAGAAGAUGGAGGUGGUGCGCAUCCAAGUUCAGAUUCAGGGCACGCUAAUCCGACAGUACUCCAGUCACCCUUCGGUGAAAAACGCCAUCUCUCAGUUGGAUUCGGAACUCAUGGACAUCACCAAGCUCUACGGGGAAUACGCCGACCACUUCAAACUAUCCGAGUGCAAGCUGGCCAUCAUUCACUGCGCGCGACACUCGGAUCCAAUUCUGGUGCACUCGCUUUGGCAGGAAAUCAUAGAAAAAGAACUGGCAGACACGGUGGCCAUGAGUACCGUGGAUAGAAUGAGAUCGCUCAGUUUGAAGGUGGUGUCGCUGGGCAGGAUGUACGCGGGAACGCCGCGAUAUUUUCCACUGGAAUUCCUGGUGAAGUAUCUAGAGCAGGAGGUGUGCCGCCUCAACUGGGACGUGGGCUUCGUCACGUCAACCAUGCAGGAGAUUGGGGUGCAGCUGCCACGCCUUCUGGAGGUCUACGACGAGCUUUUCAAAACCAGGCAUCCUUACUGGCAGCGCCUGAAGAAGCCUCUGCAUUUGGUAGAAUGCAUCCACGUGCUUUUGUCCGGUUACGUGGACGACCCCAGCAGAGUGCGCACGUAUGACAGACGCCGCUUCACCAACGCGUGCCUGGACAGCAUCUGCGGCUACCUGGUGGAGCUGCAGUCCCUCAGCCCCAACGCGGCCCUCCAGCACACCAUCGGCAACUUCAAGUCUCUGCAGGCCAAACUGGAUAAACUUCACUGACGCUCGCUAAGCUCACGUUUGUACGGUGGCGACGGGAUUUCGGUAUCUAUCGGCGUGUCACGCACUACUCCGGAGAAGUUAAAGGCCAAAUUUGAGAGCAAAGAUUUGCAAAGGUCAAAUUGAUUUCAUCCGUCAAAGUUCUGGGUACGUUUUAGGUUCAUCCUGAAAUGUACUGCGAAAAAGCCCAAUUUUUCCCUCACUUCUUGUGAGUAGUGCAUCAUCUUGUUUUCUACUAAAGUGCCCAGUCUGACUUUUCAUGACAGCAAAGUGUUAAGAGACUGAAGAUGCAGGUUUUAUAACUUAUUUUAUGCUCGAUCGUGUCCCAAAGCACAACAUUGUUAGGUGUGUAAAUAUAGAUCAGACACUCUUAUGCGUUUACAAGAGGAGACAAACACAUCUCGCCCUUAAAACGGCGGCCAUGUUGUUGCUCGUAAUGUGACACCGCAGAGGGAUGUCCCUUUUUUUUUCUCUUCGCGUAAUUACAUUUAAUUACAAACGCCAUUCAAGGCUUCCCGUACAGUCAUCACAAAAGGGAGAGCUCAAAUUGUUGUCUUUUCCUACAAUUAGACACCUUGAUUGUUGUUUUUGGACUUUAAAUGAGCAGCAAGCCUUUUUGUUUUGCUUUUUUUUUUGUGUGUUUGCAUAUGUGUUUGUCUUUUUUUGCAUCUUUUCCUUUUUGCUUGCAGCAUUUCUGCGUUCUAUCCGUUUGCAGCGCCACCGCAUUUUGGACCCCCUCGACCGCCGUAGAACAGUUUCUUUUUCUAGGU